AGUGGAUUCUUCGUUUUCUUUCUCUUCGGCUACGAUAAAAACGUACAAACUCUUGAUACUUUCACUUUGGUGAGCACCGCCAAGGUGCUUCGCUUCGUAUUCCGCUGCAUAGUGCAACUGUAUGUGUCCCGGCUCGUUCAUCUUCCCAUCGAUGCUUCUCUCUGCUGCUUCCGCCGUCCAGCCAUAGCGAGCAUAUCCCCUCCGUCAAUCAAGCAAAUUCGCUUCCGCUCUUUGGGGCCGCGGCUUUCUCCGUCGUGGGCGUGCGAGCCCCGUGUCAAGCGCUGUGCCCGUUCCAUGCCUGCUCUGCGUGGCGCACGUCAACGUGGCGGUGCGACGCUUUCCACCCUUCUCCGCUCCCCAUCUUUCCCCCGCGCUCUCUUCGGCAUCCGGCCGGCUCACGCAGUCCUCGUCUCGCGCAUCUCAUCUGUUUCGUUGUACCUAUCCCCACCACCUAUUUCAAAACGUAGCGUAGUCCGUUGUGCGGUAGCUUCGUCGGUUGCCCGUUGCAUACGCACGCUGUCUCCCUUUCGCGCCUCAAAACGCACCUUCCUCGGUGUUCACUUCUUCCUCUUCUAACUUUUUCUUGUAACGCAUGUCCCGCCCGGUGAAGCGCGAGACCACCGGCAAGCACGUCGGCUACGGCAAGGUGAUCCUCUUCGGCGAGCACUUUGUCGUGCACGGCGCGCCGGCCAUUGUGGCGGGCAUCAGCGAGUACACGGCGUGCCGCCUCGAGGCGACGCCCGGCGUCCCUGGGCUGCAGGUGGACGAUCGGCGCCCCGCCAUCCCCGGCUACAUCACGCAGAAGCGCGAGGAGCAGAAGCGUGCCCACCAGCUGGUCCUCGACCACCUGCACAUCGACGUGUCGAAGGACGGCCUCAAGGUGCUCCUCGGCGGCCCGCUGGUGCCGAGCAGCGGCAUUGGCGCGUCUGCGAGCGACGUGGUGGCCUUCUCCCGCGCGCUGAGUGAGCUGUACGGCCUGAGGCUGACGGAGGACCAGGUGAACCAGAGCGCCUUUGCCGGGGAGUGCGGCUACCACGGCACGCCGAGCGGUGUGGACAACACGGCGGCCACCUUUGGCGGCCUCAUCUCCUACCGCCGCGACGGUGGCAAGUCCGUGUUCAGCCCCAUCCGGUUUGAGCAGCCGCUCUACCUCGUCGUGGUGGGCACCGGCAUCACUGCCAGCACGACUGCGGUUGUCGGCGACGUGCGCAAGAUGAAGGAGUCGGACCCGCAGACGUUCUCGCGCCUGUGCCGCAACUACAGCCACGUCGUUGCGCAGGCCCGCGACGCGCUGCAGAAGGGCGACCUGCGGGCCGUCGGCGGGCUCAUGAACGCGAACCACGACCUGUGCCGCGACCUGCACGUCUCGUGCAACGAGCUGGAGGCCAUCGUGCGGACCUGCCGCGGCUACGGCGCGCUUGGCGCGAAGCUGUCCGGCACUGGCCGCGGUGGCAUCGCCGUGGCGCUGGCGGAGAACGCGGAACAGCGGGACAAGAUCGUGGCGGGCCUCAAAGCCGACUGCCCCGAGGCUAAAUUUGUCUGGAAGUACACGGUGGUGCCGUCGGCCGCGGCCAGCUUGUAG